CAAAAUUUUAAUCUGAACUAGUUCACUUGGCAAUCGUUUUAAUCUCAACUAGUUCAAAUCAAAAUUUUAUUUUGUCCUAGUUUAAAUCAAAAUUUCGAUCUGAACUAGGACAAUUUUAAACUCAACUGCAUUUCAAUCUGUCCUACGGCAUAUAUAUAUAUAUCGUUUUUUGCAGACUCUUAAAUGUAAAUUAUCUAUUGAAUUAUUAUUAUACAACUAUUUUCUUCGCAAAGAUGAUAAGUGUACUACUUGUUUACAAAAUAUUGGAUUGCAUCUUUACGAAAAUGGUAAUUCAAUUAUCAUUGAAUAUUAUUAAAAAUUCUAUUUCUUUUAGAGCUUAAAAAAAUUUUGAAUGAAUCAAAUGUUUCUGUUCAAAAUGUCGAUAUCAAAUUAAAAGAUAACUUAAAUUACAAAGAUAAGCAAUUGGCAUCUUCAGAUGAUUCGUCGUUUUCACAAUUAAAUAUAUCUUUAUCUUCUCUUUCAUCUAACUCUAAUGUUUCUGAAAGUUAUCAAGAUAUUGAGACAAUAUCAGAAGAAAGUAUUACUAUGUGCAAAGAAUUCUUAAAGAAAUAUUAUUGUUCUCGUAUUGAAUUAAAUAACUUCGAAGAGUUAUAUAUUCGUAUAUUAUCUAUGAUCAAAGAUGCUAAUCGUGUUUAUUAUUUAAUGAAACAUGCUCGACAUUCAUGUUUAGGUCUAGUAGAAGCAACAAAUAAUGAUGAUCAAUUAUUGACUUUAUUUCAAUUUUUAAAUGAUUUUUUACCAUAA